AUGCAAGAAGCACAGGGACGCUUCGAAACGCAGGCUGACAAAGACGGGAUCAAGAGCGUGGUUGAGUACGUCGAGAAGAACGGUGGUACGUACAAGAUCACAAAGAAGGUCAAGGAGGUUGUGACCACAAAAUGGACAAAUGAUGCUAUUCAAGCACGGAAGUCCUUAGAGAAGUUUGGCAAGGCAGCCACCAACUCUGAGGCCGAUGAAAAGACGUUGUGCAUGAGAAGUGUAGAGGAAAUCCCGGUAGAGUCCGCCAAAAAGAUCCACGUGGACUUGUCACAGAAGGAUGAUGCAGAAGAGAAGUUUUUUGAGGAGAGUCUCACCAUUACCGAGAGCUUGCUGAAGGAGAAGAAGGUGUGGACAGACCUCAACAAGGAGAUGAAGGACCAGGUAGGUGUUGGGGAGGAAGAGAAGAAGGACAGCACCGAAGCAGCAGCAACUCUUGCAUCUGGGGCACCGGGCAAGUAUGUGCCGCCGAGCCUACGUGGAGCGCAGGGCGAUGGUGCCAAGGGCAAGGGCAAGGGCAAGGGAGGCGAUUAUUCGGGACAACAGGAUGCCACCCUGCGAGUCUUCAACUUGUCCGAUGAUGUCAAGGAGGGAGACUUGCAAGAUCUCUUUGGCCAGUGUGGCCGCCUUCAGCGGGUGUUCCUGGCCAAGGACAUGACGACGUAUCAGUCCAAAGGCUUUGCAUUCAUCACGUACUACAACCGCGAAGAUGCACAGAGAGCCAUUGAUCGCUUGAACGGCCAUGGCUACGACAACUUGAUCAUGAAGGUGGAGUGGGCCAAGCCGCGAGCCUGA